AUGCCAUCUGCGUCAUUAUUCAAUUCAUAUAGUAGAUUUUUAAUCGCAAACUAUUGGGAAGAGGAUAUCCCUGUGAAUGCCAAUAACGUCGAUUGGAUUUUGCGCUUCACCGGAAAAUUUGAUGCCGACAACUGGUUAAACAUUCAAACUGAUCUAAAUUUAACAAUUAACAAGAUGGAGCACGAGACCCAGCGACUUCUUGACGCGGAUCACUUGAAUACUGAUUACCAAACCGCUUUGCCAAGAAGCAUGGGAGCCACUAAGAAUAUAUUGAAGCUCCUGGUCGGAGAGGAAGAAUGCAAGAUCUACGCAUUCAGAGAGACCAAGGCUCGCUUGAUUAUUUUCUAUUUGUUGUCGAUAUUCACACUCGGAAUUUACCGUUUGCUGGCGCAUUGGAACAAGAAGCUUCUUGUAUAUGUUCGCUAUGUCAGCUGCGGCCAUAAAGAAGCAACAGUCAUUCUUAUAAUCGAUAACCACAAAACUGAAACUCUGAAGAAUGUCAAAAACGAAUUUUGUAUUGAUGGAGCAUCGAUUCCGAACAACAAUGGCACAGUCAGCAAGCCCCAGUUUCUUCGUUCAUUCACUUACCGGAAAAUCAAAUAUAUUUGGUAUGAAGGCGAAGAACUUUGGAGAAACCCAGCCGAUAUUGACAGCAACGCUCCGUUCAAAAAUUUCUUGAGUCGUGUUGAUGAUGAAUAUGGUUUGGAUGGCGGCGAAAUUCCAGCCAAACGUGUUGUCUAUGGAUAUAAUACGCUGGCAGUCAAGCUCACACCACUUUUGAAGGUUCUUCUUGUUGAGGUUCUGUCUCCAUUCUAUAUCUUCCAAGUCUUGUCCGUUACGUUGUGGUAUUCUGAUAACUACGAAUAUUAUGCAUCCGUUAUUGUUGUGAUUACCACCUUUUCUGCCGCAAUCGCAGUCUAUCAGACAAGAGUUCAAGAAAAAAAAGUGCACGAAAUGGUGGGAAAGCCUCAAAAAGUUAGCAUUUUACGGGAAGGACAAUUUUUGAUAGUGCAAUCUGAUGAGAUCGUCCCUGGAGAUUUGAUCAGCCUUCCAGCUCAUUCAUUUAUUCUACCUUGUGAUGCCCUUUUGAUGAACGGCUCGGUUAUUGUGAAUGAAGCUAUGUUGACGGGAGAAAGUGUGCCGGUUACAAAGGUUCCACUGAGCGGAGCUGACGAUGUCGGAGAUGAUGUUCGUUUCUCAAGCGAGAAACACAAUAGACACACAUUAUUUUGUGGCACAACUUUGCUUCAAACUAGAUAUUACGGUGGAAAACCUGUGUUGGCUCUUGCAAUUCGAACUGGAUUUUCAACUUUGAAAGGACAGCUUGUUAGAUCGAUUAUGUAUCCAAAGCCAAUGGAUUCCCAAUACAUGAAAGAUCUUUUCAAGUUCAUCCUUCUUCUCACUGCAAUCGCUUCACUUGGAUUUAUCUACACCAUCACUAUCAUGAUCAUUCGCGGAGAGCCAUUCAAGCAUAUUCUUGUUAGAUCGCUGGAUAUCAUUACAAUUGUUGUCCCACCUGCUCUGCCGGCUGCCAUGUCGGUUGGAAUCAUCAAUGCAAAUAUUCGUCUCAGAAAAAAAGAUAUUUACUGCAUUUCUCCAUCGACCAUCAAUACUUGCGGUCAAGUUAAUGUGGUUUGCUUUGAUAAAACUGGAACUCUUACGGAGGAUGGUCUUAACUUCCAUACACUUCGAGGUGUGAAAAACGUUGAAGGGCAUCCAGAGUUCAGCAAGGAGUUCAAUGAAAUCGAGCCGAAAGAAAUGUUUGAGGAAGGAGUUGAUAUGAAUAUUAUUAAUGCCGCAGCCACCUGUCAGUCAUUAACUAGAAUUGAUGGCACUCUUCAUGGAGACCCGUUAGAUCUGAUUCUUUUUCUUAAGAGUGGUUGGAGUAUGGAUGAACCUGUUGAUAAAAAGAAUGAGACUGAACUUUUCGACAGUGUUCAGCCAACUGUCUUAAAACCGCCGUCAACGCAAUCUCAAUACCAUUUCCCAAAUGCUGAAUAUUCAACAAUUCGCCAAUUCACAUUCAGCUCUGCUCUUCAACGCAUGUCUGUCAUUGUUUCAACUCCCGCCGACGGUACUGCUCAUAAAAUGCACAUAUACACAAAAGGUUCACCCGAAAAAAUCCUGGAGCUUUGUGAUCCUGAAACAGUUCCAAAGAAUUAUAUGGAAACAAUUGACGAUUACGCGCAACGUGGAUUCCGCUUAAUUUCGGUUGCAUCAAAAAACAUUGAAAUGAACUUUGCGAAAGCAAUGAAAGCUCCGCGCGAUAAGAUUGAGUGUGAUUUGCAAUUCCUUGGAUUGGUGGUGAUGGAAAACCGGUUGAAAACUGUCACUUUGAGUGUUAUUAAUGAGCUGUUCACAUCGAACAUUCGAUCAGUCAUGGUCACAGGAGAUAACCUGCUUACUGCAAUGAGCGUUGCAAGAGAAUCGGGUAUCAUUCGUCCAACGAAGAAAGCGUUUUUGAUCACUCAUGAUAGCAAUCAGAAAGAUUAUUGUGGCCGUACAAAAUUGUUCAUGAACGAGAGCGUUUCAAGCUCGGAAUCAGAUAUUGAUACAGAUUCAGUGGUUCGGGAAUUUGACAAAAAGUUGCAUUUACAGCCAUCGAAAUACCAUCUUGCAAUUGCUGGACCUACAUACUCAAUUAUAUCAAGAGAAUACCCUGAAUUGCUUGAUCAGUUGGCUGCAGUUUGUGAUGUAUACGCUCGAAUGGCACCUGAUCAAAAAUCUGGACUCAUUGUUUCUCUACAACAGAUCGGUUAUAAGGUAACAAUGUGUGGAGAUGGAGCCAAUGAUUGCGCAGCACUUAAAGCUGCCGAUGCCGGAAUCUCGCUUUCCGAUGCUGAGGCGUCAAUCGCAGCGCCAUUUACUUCUAAGACUCCGGAUAUUCGAUGUGUUCUCGAAGUGAUAAAGGAAGGACGAUGUGCUUUAGUUACGUCCUUUGCAGUGUUCAAAUACAUGGCCGCAUAUUCAUUGAACGAAUUUUUGACAGUCAUGCUUUUGUAUUGGAUUAGCACAAAUAUAACUGACGGACAAUUUUUGUACAUUGAUUUCAUUUUGAUUACCGUUGUGGCGAUGUUCCUUGGUAAUACCGGACCAGCCAACAAGCUCAGCCUCAUUCCACCGCCAUCCCGUUUGGCAACACUCUGUUCGGUCUGCUCAGUGAUUGGACAGCUUCUCAUUAAUUUCGGAGCACAACUCAUUGCCGUGUUCAUCACAAUAUCACAGCCAUGGUAUACAAAGUACAUUGAGGAUGAAGAUCAUUUAAAUUCAUACGAGGGCACAGCAUUGUUCGCUGUUUCUUCGUUCAUGUAUCUUGCUUUUGCAUUUGUCUACUCAAAAGGAGCCCCAUAUCGUCGACCGGUUUUCACAAACUAUGCUUUGUGUGGAGUGACCCUGAUCAUUGGAGCUGUUACACUGGCGCUUGUUCUAUGGAAUGAAACUUUCAUAAAUGACUUAAUGGGAUUUCAAUCCAUUCCUUCAUUUGGUUUCAGACUUUUGCUGAUCUUUAUCUCAUUCGCAGCUUCUGGAGUGUCUGUUCUAUUUGAGUACUUUUUUGUGCAAGGAGUUGUAGCGACAUAUCUCGAAAGAAAACUCCGCACACGCAAACUCCGCAAACAAGACCCAUCACUUCCACUGUUCGAAAGAAUUCUUUCUGAAAUUGGAGAGAAGCCUGACUGGUUCGAGCUUUCAUUGAGACAGGCUACUGUUUCAAAAUCAAAUGAGACUAAUCUCUAA